GAAACGCGAGCGUUUGUGUCGUGUCGAGUUGAGGGGCGAAUGACUCGCGUCAGCACUCUGAAAACUUUGAUUAUUUUCCAAAUUUGCGGGCGAGGCUUGCUUUCGUGCGGAUAACAACCGCGAUUUUGACAUCCGGACGGAACUGCCGGCGCUUUUUUGAGCCUCUCAAUCUGCAUUUGCAAUUGCGAGAUCGGACGCAGAGUUGGAUUUCAGGCUCUGACCCGGACAGUUCUCAGAAUCGUUUUUGCAAGCGUUCGUCAGACCUUUGUAGCUUGGAUCCAGAUUCUGGGCAAGAUGGAGCGCAACCUGUGGCGAGACGCCGAGAUCAAGGCCCUCCUGGACAUCAUCGAAAAGGAGAAAAUCCUGAACAUGAUAAACGAGAAGAAGUUCCGCAACGAGCAGAUCUUCCGCUUUGUGGAGUCAGAAAUGCACGCCCGCGGCUUCACCAGGAAAAACUACCAACAGAUCUGGACAAAGUGGAAGUUUCUGAAGUCGUCGUACGUGACAACGACCCGCCACAAUUCAGUGCCGGGAAACACGCCACGCACCUGCGACUACUAUUUUCUGCUGGAUCGGAUUCUGCAUGACGACUGUUGCCCGUCCGUGGUGGCUUCCGCCGCGACGCCGGGCCUUGACGUGAACGGCGGCAUCGAGAUCAAACAGGAAGUUGUCGACGAGCCUGAACCAGAGUCCAUUUUGCCUGAUCCCGAAAUAGUUUCUACACCCGUACUCUCUCCAAAAGCAAUCAUACCUGAAAUAAUGACAAACGGUCAUCUAAAAAGAAAACUAAACCACACCGUCCCCAUUGUUAACAACAAUAGCACAAACAACCAUAUCAACAAUAGUAUGAACAAAAUGCCCACCCCGCCGUCACCUAAAGAAGAAUAUCCAGAUCAGCUCUCAUUCGAAGAUCUAAACGGGGGUCUAGAUGACGAGCCUUCCUCCAAGCGGAAACCUCUUCAAGGAAGCUACUUCCGUGCAAUGAAAGAGCUUGCCAACAAUCUAAGACAAAUGCAACGGGAUCUAAUCGACGAAUUCUUCAAGAAGCAGGAAGAGUUAAUGCGCGAAGAACAUGAAUUUCAGAAGCAGCAGGACGAAGUGCUGUUACGAAGUUUCGAGGAGCAAACUAGACUUCUGCUGGAUGGGGCUCGAAAUUUGAUUUCAAGUGGAGUCACUGAGAUGCCUGAUAUUGUGUAUAUUAAUGAAGAUUAGAGUUUUUCUAUUUAAAAUUGAGAUUUUAGUUUAGUUUCUUUUUGAUUAACAGCUGAAUAGGUACAGAAAACGUAAUAAUAAAUUCUAGUAAAUAUAAGAAUGUAUAUUUAAGCAGCCAAAGUGAAAGUAUUGACGUUCCUAAGUGAGGAAAAUAGAACUGAACUGAAAGUGUCGCUUCGCGAUUUAUUCAAUCAACAAUCAAAAUUUCCAUAAAAUAAUUUAGAUAGGAACAUUUGAAAAACUGUUGAGUUUGUAUUGCUUCGGAAAUUAUCUCAAUAAUUUUCCAUUGAAUUCAGACCUAAGUUCGACUUUAUUCUCAUAACAAGAAUAACUGCGUACCUUUUAGUAGAAACAAUGCCCGCCUGGGUACUAAUCGGAGAGCUUUACGAUUAUUGUUUUUUUUUUACUAUGUCAAAGAGUUUACUCCCAAGAAAGUGAUUUAGUUAAAACUAAGAUUAAUAUAAAAAUAUAAUAGAAAUAAAAAGUUUCAACAUUUAAA